GCCAGUUGUAUUUGCGUUUUGCACGUUCAUCUUCACCUUCAUAUUCACGUUCAUCUGCGUAACAAAACAAUAACAAAUUCACUCGCUUUUUUACAACAAAAACCCUCUGAAAUUAGCUCCAAACAAACCCUCUUCUUGUUCUCCAUCGCACAUAUUCUUCUUCUGUUUUUUCACACCUUUCAAAUUUGCGUUUUUUCGUUUCUCAAGUUUUAACCUUGAAGAAAUCAAGAAAAAAAGGUGUCACAUAGAUCACACGCAUCAAGAAUCAUAAUGGAAACUACCGGUAGGAGUUACUCUCGACAUAUGGAAGAUGAGUAUGAAAAGUUUAUCCGGAGAAUGAACCCGCCUCGAGUCGUAAUCGACAACGAAUCGUGUAAAAAUGCUACCAUCAUUCAGGUGGACAGUGCUAAUAAACAUGGUAUUCUUUUGGAAGUUGUGCAAGUGCUUACUGAUUUAAACUUUAUUGUUACAAAAGCUUACAUUAGUUCUGAUGGAGGCUGGUUCAUGGAUGUCUUCAAUGUUACUGAUCCAGAAGGGAACAAAAUCACAGAUGAAGGAAUCUUGGAUUACAUUCAAAAGGUUCUUGGCUCUGAAACUAGCUUUACCACAUCAAUAAAGUCUGUCGGGUCUGACCGCACGGUAAUCGAGUUAAUCGGAACCGACAGACCCGGGUUACUAUCGGAAGUGUGUGCGGUUCUUACGCAUUUAAAAUGUAACGUGUUAAACGCCGAGGUGUGGACGCAUAACACACGCGCCGCGUUUAUAGUCCAAGUGACCGAUGAUGAAUCGGGGUUAGCGGUUACCGAGCCUGAUAGACUCUCGGUUAUAAAGCAAAUGCUUUCCAAUGUGCUUAAAGGCAGCAACAAGGCUCGAGGAGCGAAGACCGUAGUCUCUCACGGUGCUAUUCACACCGAGCGUCGGCUGCACCAGAUGAUGCUCGAGGAUCGUGACUACGAACGAAACAACAGCGAUUCUGGUUUAAGCGAACCUGAACUGCAAAGGCCCGAUGUGAAUGUGGUCAAUUGGUAUGAUAAAGACUGUUCAGUGGUUACUAUUAGAUGCAAAGAUAGACCUAAACUUUUGUUUGACACCAUUUGCACGUUAACCGAUUUGGAAUACGUCGUUUUUCACGGGCAUGUAGACGCCGAAGGACCGAAAGCCUACCAGGAAUAUUGUAUUAGACAUAUAGACGGGUCGCCUGUGAAAUCGGAGGCCGAGCGGCAAAGAGUGAUCCAAUGUAUCGAAGCCGCCAUCGAAAGAAGAGUAUCCGAGGGUUUGAAGUUAGAACUGUGCACAACGGACAGAGUCGGGCUUUUAUCUGACGUGACUCGUAUUUUCCGCGAAAAUAGUCUCCAGGUCACGAGAGCCGAGGUGACAACACGGGGUGGCAAAGCUGUAAAUACGUUCUAUGUCCGUGAUGCCUCGGGGUAUCCGGUUGACUCAAAGAUCAUCGAUUCGAUUAGGAAAGAAAUCGGGCAAACGAUUCUUAAAGUGAAGUUAAACCCUCGAGAUUCGGAUCAAAGCCCGCAAGAAUCUCCCACUAGGUUUCUGUUUGGUGGUCUGUUUAAGUCCAAGUCUUUUUGCAACUUUGGCCUCAUUAGAUCCUAUUCUUGAGGUACAAGUUGUUUAAUCCUAGGUUUAUCGCAACUCGCAGUCUAGAGAUACAACACACAGGACCCGUGUAUAUUUGUCGUUAGUUUUUAUUCUAUGAUCCAACACGACGUUGUAUCAUCAAAUUAAUGUUGAAUCCGUCUAACUUUAUCGAAUAUCGUUUGUAAAUAUUAAGAUUCAAGGUUUGUUCUUUGAUCAUA